UGUUUGUUAUUAUGUUAAAAUAUUUGGUUUUCUUUUUUGUCUUUCGCGUGUGCAUGUUGGCUAGUGUUGGGAACUUUGACAAUCCGUUUGUCGAGAUUAACGCUGAUGAUAGUGAGGGGAUAGGUGGUGAUAUCAUCAAUGGGGAUUUCUACCAAACUGUCAAAAGUUACUACUGUAAAUCUACGAGCACUGCCAACCAGGAGCUCCUAGUGUAUGGUUCAAGUGCCUGGACCUUCCCACUUCAAGAUGUCAAUCUCACGUUGCAGUAUCCACCGAGUAACGGUCAGACAGAAUCGGACGAAGAGUACACGAUAACGGAGCUGCGGGUGAUGCUGUACAUGGAAGGGCACAACAGCCGCGGGUACAUCACUAAAGGGGGGUUGAUGCAGAACAACAUAGGCAUGACAUUCAUAGUGGGCAACGUGACGCGGCUGUCCUACCACUUCUGGCUGUAUGGGGUGCCGGAUCUACCGUCCUCAGCCACGGAGAACUACAACGCUAUGCACCAUCAGAUGUGCUGAAGAAGAGAAUUUAUAGAUUUGAAUUCUAUGGA